CGCACGUUCGUAAAAAAGAGGCGCGAGAGAAGAAGAUGGGCUGAGCAGACCCGGAACAACGCUGGGUUUAUUUACCACAUUCACCAAACCGAGACUGUUUUUAAGAGUUUUUUUUGUUGAAGUCAAGAUGUCGCUGCUGAAGCCAUUUAGUAAACUUCCCGGUUUGAACACAGCAAACAUCCUGCUGGUGGAAGGUGAGGAGCAGUUUCAGCAGAGUUUAGCAGAUGCUCUGGUGGAGGAGACAGCUUUCACUGUGAAUGUGAGAUUAGCCAAGAGUCUCCCUCUGCCCCUGGAGAACGAGGAGAGUCGUCCUAGAAUAGACCUGGUGGUGUUCAUCAUCAACCUGACCUCGGAGCUCAGCUUCCAGUCGGCAGAAGCGUCCCUGAAAUAUUUGGACCCCGGAUAUUUCCUGGGAAAAGUCUGCUUCAUGGUCACUAAUGCUCGCAACGCUUCAGUCCCCACCGAGCAGCUGGACGCAGUCAGAAAGCUCGCAGCGUCUCUCCACUGCCCCCUGCUGUUUGCAGAGGACCAGACACCAGAUGGUGUGACCAAUGCCGCGGAGAGGCUGAUGACCAUCCUGAAGGUGGCGGCCGGUCUUGUGCCCAUGGCUACAUCGCUCUACCUGUCCAGCCUGACUCGGUGCACGGUGCCCCUGGACAUCGACCAGCCGAGCUUUGAGUAGCUCCUGUGACUGAUCCUCUCUGACUUUAUCAUUUAAACAGUAUAUUUAUUUGCUAUGGUCGCCUGCACCGUUUAAACAAAUCAGCCUGGUGUUUUCCUUUUGUUCUUUUUACAUCACAUAUUCAUGCUUUGGCUUCUAGCUGCUGCAGCAUAUAAUUCAUCUUUCAUUCAAGAACCAUAUUAAAAAAAUGUAAAUAAGACAAAUGACAUUUGGACAUGUCACUUCGGGAAAUGUAAAUAAAAUGAAAAUAUGUUUUAGUUUCAGGGUCUAAUGUUUUAGCAUAUAGCAGCAACAAAUGUAAUAUUUUGUGUAUAAUCCAUUAAACAAUCAUGAUAAAUGCA